AAAUGAAAUAUCGGGUUUAGGUUUGGGAUGCUGAUACCUAUUUAACUUAAAUGUCACUUUCAUGUGUAAAAGUAAACUUUCUUUAAAGAAUGGGUAUGAGCGUUCAAAUAAGGACGCUGGUUGAUAAUAUACUCAAAGAGCUCAUAGGUGAAAGAAUUGAAAAUGUAUCCGUUGUCAAAAUAAAUUCUAGUAAUUUAUCAAAUAACGGAGAUUUGUCUAUCUUAAUUAAUCUUUGCGCGUGGAAGGAUUAUAUUUCUCCUGAAAUCGAAGACGAAUUGAUGAAUAUCUUGGAGUAUUAUUUUUAUAGGAAUGAACAAUUCAUAUUGCAUUCAUCCGAUGAGACUGCAGAAAAGGUUUUUGAGGCAUUAAUACAUUCCAGCAGAAAUUGGCCACUGAAAAUAGAAAAAUGUACCCUGCAGAAGGAACGUGUUUGUAUUUUCUUAAAUCGACCACAUGCAAUGGCAACAGCAAUUAAAACCAUUAUUGAGUUUGGUUCCAAUUAUGGAAGGGCUCUUUCAAAUGAAAAGAAUUUUGCCAUAGAGGUGCUUCCAGACUUUGAAUCCCAUCUUACAAACGUACGUCUGCACAUUAUUAAAGAUGUAACCCGGAACAUCCUCAGAUUGCAAGGAUAUCAAAUAUCAGAAAAUGGUCAUUUCAAACACAUCUUAACAGUUAAAUCUCAAGGUGAAAUUGAAAAUAAUUAUAAACGAAUUGUAUGUGGUGUGGUAAAAAGCUCCCAAAUGGGGACAAAGGAAAAAGAACUAACAUGGGACAUGUACAUUACAAGGAUAAUGGAUAAAUUGUCGCAUACAGUUAGUCAGAAAUUUUUCAGUGAAAAUGCCAUGAUUGACGAUUACAACGAUGUUCUCAAUAUCGCCAAAGCAGUAGCAACGUUUGAACUUUUAUCGGUAAAGCCAAGCCGUGCUGUGCUCCUUAAAGCUGACACAAAUUAUAUCGAUAACGUCAUUAAUAAGAAAGGGGGGUUGUUCGUAUUAUAUAACACAGUUAGGAUAGCCGCAAUCUUUGAGAAGUAUAACGAACGAAGGUGUAAAGGGAUGUAUCCUGCGCUAACGCAUAUCGACGACGUGGAUUUUUCAUUGCUAACUCAAGAGGAAGAAUGGGAACUCGUUUAUAAUUUUAUUUUAGGAUAUUCUAAAUUGAUAGAAAACGGUAUAAGGCACGAACCAACUCUUGAACCGUGUCCACAAGUUGUAUGCGCUUUCUUAUCCCAGCUGUGUAAAAUGUUCAGCGUCUACUAUUGCAGAUUUCGUGUUUUAACGGAAAGACGACACCAUUUGAUACCGACGAUGAUGGCAAAAUUGUAUCUGUUGCAGAGUUUACAGAUCGUUUUACACAACGCUCUCGCAAUAUUAGGCAUCGAUCGUAUAUCGCACAUGUAACAAAGCAGCGAAUUUAAUUCGAAUAAAUCAUUUCUCUAGCCCGAG